UGUCGGGAUAAAAACUUAGCAGUGUCGGAUAUAAACUUUCGGGAAGAGCAGGAGGGAGGGGACACAGGAGUGGAAGUGUAUUAAACCAACAGCGAGCAUGACCGACGCCGAGGCGCAGAGCGCUCCACCGUCGGAACCGGUGGAAGACAAGCCUCAGCCGGAGAGGAAAGUCAUAGCUACCUUAGUGCAAGGCACAGUGAAAUGGUUCAAUGUACGUAACGGAUAUGGCUUCAUAAACAGGAAUGAUACCAAAGAGGAUGUGUUUGUUCAUCAGACUGCAAUCAAGAAAAACAAUCCUAGGAAAUUCCUCCGCAGCGUGGGAGAUGGGGAGGUUGUAGAGUUUGAUGUGAUUGAAGCAGCCAAGGGCUCAGAAGCAGCAAAUGUGACUGGCCCUGGUGGUAUUCCAGUCAAAGGUAGCCGUUACGCACCGAACAAACGCCGUUUCCGUCGACGGUUCUUCCCCCGCAACGCUCGGCCUGGUGACCAGGGCAAGCCAGCUGAUGGCCAAGACCCCUCUGUUGAGGGCGAGGGCGAAGGAGAGAACGAUAGCACGAGACCUCAGCAGCGCCGUCGCAGGCCCCGCAGACCACCGCAGGAGGCACAAGAUGGGGAACCUGGAGAGCAACAGAAUGAAGUAGCAGAAGGCAAUCAAACGCAGCGACCGCCACGGCGUAGAUUCUGGCGUCCUUACCGCAGGCCGUUCCGCCCACGUCCAGGUGCUGAUGAGCCAACAGAGGGCCAGCAGGUAACUGCUCCAGAGGAGCCCCAGGAGCAGACAGAGGUCUCUGAAGGCCCCCAGACCAACGGAGAAGCAGCCGAGAGCCAAGACCAGAAAAAACAGCGACGCCAGUCAAGACGACGCAGGCAAAGGACUGAGACAGAGUCCUCUACCUCUAAAAACGAUACAGAGAAGUCUGCCUCAGAGCCUGGUACCCCUCCUCCGACCUCAAAGCCAGCUGACCUGAAAUCCACAUCCAAAUCACCAAAGUCGUCCCCCAAAACUUCUCCUAAAAUGCCAAAAUCCACUGAGCAGCAGGAAGCUGCCACAACAGUCCCAGCACCAACAGAGUGACGCUUGCAAGAAAACAGUCAUGUUACCCUUGGCAAGAGGUGGGAUCCCACAUUCAAGUGGUGCAACCCUAGGUCAGGGGGGGUGGGAGACAGGAGGGUGUAGGGUGACAUGACUUGUGUUAAAGGUGCCUCACUGGCUAUCUUGGAGGGCAAAGUGACGGACAUAAACGGGCAGUUUGGUUAAGUUUUCUUGUGAAUGGAUUUAAGGUGGAGUGAUAGUAUUAAAGGGAUAGAGAGGAGUUUUAUGUCUUUCAGGACUUAUGUUUGGACUGAGUCUUUUGUUUAAUGCAGGGAACAUUUCUGAGUGAAAGCUCAGACUCUGGGAACCUGGAAUUCAGACUGAAAUUAUCCUUGUUUUCAGAGUUAGUCUUUAUGUUUGUCUGUUUCUUAACUGUCUUUCUCCCUCUCUCAAUCUCUGUCUCCCCUUGCUUUUUUUUUUUAUUUCCCGUUUUUUGUUUUCGUAGGUCCAAGGGGUUGAAGGACUGGACCUAUUUCAGAACACAUGCACUGCUCUACCCUCCCUGCACUCCCCAUCCUCCAACCCACCCUGUCUCGCUGUCAUCCCUCAGGCCCCUUUCACCCCUACCCAUCUUGUUUUGUGUUUAGACACAGACAUUUGGAGAGGGUAGGGAAUAAGGGGAUACAGGUGGAUUGUGGGUUGUAUAUUUAGAAAUUUAAAAGUACAUCUUUUAAAAGGGAAAAAUGGGAAAUUAUGGAUCUGCUUGGAAGCCCAGUUAUUCCAAUCCCCCUUUAAAAACAUUUUCUUUAAUUGAUAAGAUGGGCCACAUCAAGUAGAUAACUAGAGGAACCAACCUUGAUUUUUAUUUAACUUUUUUAAUUUGGUUGAAGAGGGGAAAACCAAGCAGGUGUGAGGUCGGUGGUGCAUUAUGGGAGUCAGUUUAGUUCUGUUACCACCUUGAUCAAUUCUUAAAACCUACUCAUUUUCCUCAGUUCAAGAUGGAUUGAUGAAAAGAAACUUUAUUUCUUUGUUUUACUUAUUUGUGUGUGCUUUUCUUUGGAGGGGAUUAUGUGCAAUGUCAAUACUUAAAAAAACAAACAACUAAUUAAUAAAUCAUGUUUGCAAAUCUCA